AAGAUGCGGCAAUCGUGAUUCAACAAAGGAUACUUCCGAGUUUCGACUUACACAAAAAAAAAGAUGGAACUUUUGUUAGUAUCCUUGAAGAAAGAUAAAUUUGGAACUAUGCCCUUCCAACAGAGGAAUGGUAUAGACAGCGAAGAGGCACAGUCGGUUGUUGGUAGCUACUUUUUCUACCUUAUCCCUUACCAACACACAGACAUCACACAACCUACCCGCUCCACUUGGUCCUUUGUGUGUGUUAUACCUUUGUGUACACUCUUACGGGACUAUACCUCUCAUUUUACAUCGACACUUUUCACCUACAUACUCGGGUAUACACUCAUUCUGUGAACCAUGGCUGGCUUUCACGAGUUGAUUCCUAUUGUGGUGAAGAGAAGGAUCAACGAGAAACGGCCUGUGCUCAGGAUAGCUCAUCCUGAGCGUGAUCCUAUCGAUGUCACCUUUGCCACCCUCGACAAUGCCGUCAAUCGAGUAGCAUGGUUUCUCACCGAGAACCUUGCCUCGGAUGAGGAAACCUUCAUCUGGAUGUCGCAGAGCGACGCUCGGUAUAUCAUCUUCGCUAUAGCCGCGAUGAAGACUAGCAAGGUGGUAGUGUUUCCAUCUAUGAGCAAUCGAGUGUCGGCUAAUCUCCGACUCUUCGACUCUGUCGGAUCCAAGCAUCUGUUCUACGGACCCGAGUCUGAGGGAACGCUUGCUGAGCUCAUCGGGGAGACUAGUUCGGCCGUAGCGGCUAGACCGGGAUUGUCCCUUGAGGAUAUUCUAUCGGCUGAACCCGUUCCGGAUUAUCCCUUUGACAAGACUUACGACGAGGUUAAGGAUAAACGAUAUAUGGGUCUACAUACUUCAGGAACUUCAGGUCAUCCAAAGCCAAUUUGGUGGACACAUGCCCACCUUGAAAACCUCUACUCGCCUCUAGAAGAGGGUGUUCUUCCUAAAGGAAUCCACACUGAGAGGCCAACAUGCAGCACGCUCGCAAAUCACGAUGUCCUCGUUAUCGGGGCACAAUCUCAUGCCGGUGCAAUGUACAUCACAAUGGUCAGCCUGCACUCCCCCAUGACCGCCAUCUUGCUGCAUCCGGAUGCUCCUCCCAUCCCAGCAAAUAUCACCGCCGUCAUCAACAAAACCGGCGCAAACAGCAUGAUUAGUCCCGCUGUGCCAAUCGAGAACAUGCUUGACUACCCACCAGGCGUCGAAGUUCUCCAACGCCUCAAGCACAUCGGCUACGUCGGCGGACCCAUGAACCCCAUCCUAGGGUCACGCGUCGCGGCAAUAACACCGCAUCUCUACGGGUUAAUCGGGAGUACCGAAGCCGCGUUGUACCACUUGGACUACUCAUCUGAUAGUUCAAAUUGGGACGCGCUGCGCUUCGUUGAUGUGGGGCAGCGCAUGGAUGAAGUCUUCCCUGGAUUGUUCGAACUCGUAUUUCCGCGGACCCCUGAAAUCGAGCGUCUGUACGCGUUUUGGCGGUCGUAUCCGGAUCUGGUGGGGGAUUAUCAUACCAAAGAUCUAUUUGCACCGGUUCCAGGACAACCUGGUUGGUGGCGCUUCCGUGGGCGCACGGAUAAUUGGGUCGCUAUGGCGAAUGGAUACAAAAUGGAUCCUUCUGACUUUGAAGCCGUCGUGACUUCGCACCCAGAUGUUCGGGGUGUAAUUGUUGGGGGUUCGCAUCGUUUCCGAUUGUGCAUGCUCGUUGAACUACAUGAACACCUCAUCCCCGCGACCCCCGAGGAUGCACACGCCGCUCUUGACAAACUCUGGCCAAAAAUCCAAGAAGCGAACCAAACAAGCCCAAAAUUCGGCCAAAUACCCCGCGAACUAGUCCUUUUCACUCCGCCGGGAAAACCGUUCUUGCGCACGGGUAAGGGAUCUAUUCAACGCCAGCUUACGCUCCAAGCGUAUGAAGAGGAGAUCGAUGCGUUGUAUGAGCGCGUCGAGAGCGGGAUCUUGGUUAAUGACCUUGAUCCUAUUACUUCGCUCGUCGCGGAUGGCUUGACGCCUGUGCUUACGCAGUUAUUCCAGCAGGCGCUUGAUGCGCCGGAGGUCGGGCCCGAUACUGAUGUUUUUGCUCGCGGCUUGGAUUCAAAUGGUGUCACGAUUACGGUGUCUAGGCUUAAAGCUGCGCUGAGGGAUUUCGGAGUUGAAGAGAAUGUGCUGCAGGGUAUUGGGAUUAGCCUGUUGUAUUGUGCGACUACGGCUCGGACACUGUCCGCUGCAAUCUCGGCGUACCUACUAAAUGGGGGGAAUGGGGGCGAGGCCGAUGAUGGAGGUGUGGCGGAUAUGCUGGAGAAAUAUAUCCCGCUUGUCCAACAACAACCUUCCGCCACCCAAGACGAGAUCGAGGAUUCAGAAACCCCCGAGCUGGAAACCGAACCACAACCUCAAUCCAUAAUCCUAACAGGCACCACCGGCUCCCUAGGCACAUACAUCCUCGCCGCCCUCCAAGCCCUCCCAGCCUACCACAUCGGCCGCAUAUUCUGCCUAAACCGCGCCCCCGACGCAGCCAUCAAACAAAUCAGCGCCUUCCAAUCCCGGAGCCUACCCCCAAUCGACGAGGACCGCGUAACAUUCCUCACAGUACCCGAUUUCAGCGCGCCCAAACUCGGCCUCGAUAAACAAACCUACACAAACCUCCUCACCGAAACAAGUGCUAUAAUCCACAACGCGUGGCCCGUGAAUUUCCUACUCCCGUUAAAAUCCUUUGAACCGUCAAUUGCCGGGUUAGUUAACCUCCUCCAACUCUCCCGAGACGGAAAACGCGAGCCGGCGUUGUUUUUCGUGUCUAGCAUAUCAGCAGCCAUGGGCGCCGCGCGCGAUGUACCUGAAGACGUACUACCUAGUCCGGAGAGCCUGGUGCUGAGGCAGGGGUAUGCUAGGAGUAAAUAUGUGGGUGAGAGAUUACUCGAUGCGUAUGUACGCGCGACGGCCCGACGCGCGGCUGUGUUGCGCGUGGGACAGGUUGCGGGACCUGUGGCGUUGGGGGGUGUUUGGAAUACGUGGGAGUGGUUCCCGUCGCUUGUGCGUAGUGCGAAGUUUCUUGGUGUGCUGCCGCAGACUUUGGGGACUAGUAGUCGGGUUGAGUGGGUGCCCGUUGAUGAGUUAAGUCGUAUUGUGCUGGAGGUUGUUGAUGAUGUUGUUAAUGACCCUGAUGUUGCUGCCGAUAAUGGGGAGAGCGCAGAAAAUGGCGAGAAUGGCUAUGGGGAUGGGAAUGGAAAAGUUAAGGGCGCUAAGGUGUAUAACCUAGUCAACCCGACACCUGUCGAUUUCUCAGACUUACUCCCCGCGCUGCGGGAGAAGGGUAUUGCGACUAAUGUCACAAUGUUUGAAGAUUGGAUCGAUUUGCUGGAAACGAGUAGUCGAACCGCGAGGAAGACAUCUGUGGAUGAGAAUCCCGCUGUUAAGCUGCUUGAUUUUUAUAGGUCGCUUGUUCCGAAGAGUGGUAGCGUGGAUAGUGAUGAGGAAGAUAGUGUGGAUGAAGACGAAGACGAGGAUGACGACGAAGAUGGGGUUGUUGUUAACGGAGAGAGCAGACAAGGGAAGGCCAGCAGCAGGGUUGGAGAAGAUGAUUAUACAUGGCGUGUAGACAACAUCUUGAACGCGAGUCCAUCAGCGCGUGCACUCAAGCCGGUUAACACGGAGUGGGUAAAGCUUUGGGUUGAUCGAUGGGGGUUAUAAGGUGAGGGGAUCGCAUGGAAUGACGGAGAGGGUCUUUGAAUAAAGAGUAGACGUUGUCUACUUCAUUUAGCUAUAGGUAGAGCAUGGUUUACCUCUCAUAUGUCAUAUAUACGUAGUUACCUCCUAUAGAUCACAAUCCAAUUCUUGCGCGCUCAAAA